GCGUCAUUUCGCGUAGUGCGUCUAUUGUCUGGUACAGUUAGAUUGUACAGACCCACCGGAUCUCGUCGCCGUCGUCGUCGAGGGUGGUGCCGCCAUGGACCCGAGCCGGCCACUCCUUGGGCGCGGCCCCCUCCUCUCCUCCUCCGCCCACGCCGUCGCGGCCGUCAUCCUCAUCACCUUCCUCCUCCUCACCCUCCUCCGCCUCCCGCUCUUCCCCGACACCGCUCCCCUCGCAUCCACGCCCACAUCCUACCACGAGCAGGCCCCGGACCCGGAGCAGCUGCAGGAGCAGGAGCUGGACGCCUCCUCGUCCUGCGACCUCUCCUCCCCGCUCGACUGCGCCGACCCGAGGCUCUUCCACCUCAUGAUGCGCCGCGCCAUCGACGCCUUCCCCGCCGUCCAUUUCGCGCGCUUCGGCCGCCCCGUCCCCGGCGACCCGCCCUCCUCCUCCUGCGACAUGGCCUGGCGCGCCCGCUCCAACUCCUCCGCCUCCGCCUCCGCCGCCCCCACCGCCACCACCAAGGACUACCGCCGCUUCGCCGUCGCGCGGGACCCCCGCACCUGCGCCUACUCCGUCACGUCCAUCGGGGAGUACCAUUCUGGACCCAACGCCCGCAAGCCUCGCCGCGGCGCCACCAACGCCACCGCGGCUCCGCCGCCGCCGCCGCUCUCCCGCUCCGAGUUCGCCGCUGGCUCCUACCUCUCCUACCUCGGCGGCGGCGACCGCUGCAAGCCCAUGCCUCAUUACAUGCGCAGCCUCCUCUGCGCCCUCGCCGAGGCCCGAUACCUCAACCGCACGCUCGUCCUCGACCUCAGCCUCUGCCUCGCCUCCUCCUACACGGCGGGCAUGCCCGAGGAAGGCAAGCACCUUGGCUUCUAUGUCGACAUUGAGCACCUCCAGUCCGUGGUCGGAAUCGUUGAGGAAAGGCAGUUCUGGGCAGAUUGGGACAGGUGGGGAGCGCAAGGCCAGCUUGGGCUCCGCCUCAUUGAGGACACCAGGGUUGUCUCCACCAAGUUCUCCAAGGCUAAGGACACUCUGAUCAUCAGGAAAUUUGGGGACGUUGAGCCAGGGAAUUACUGGUACCAUGUGUGUGAUGGUGAAGCAGAGCAUGUGCUAGCGCCGCCACACCAGGCAAUACGCUGGGCGCCAAGUUUGAUGAGCAUUGUCGAUGCUAUCAUCGCAAGUAUGCAAGAAGACUUCGAUUCGGUCCAUGUUGCUGGCAGUGGUGAGGAUCUCAGACAGAAGAUCGAGGAGGGUGUUGAUGCAACGCGGCAGGUGUAUGUUGCGGGAGAGGGGAUCAAUAAGGGUUUGGUGGAGGUGCUUAAGGCAAAGUACAACAACUUGCAUUACCUGAAUGAAUUUGAGGGGCUCUGGGCGAGGGACAGCAAGUGGUUCUUGGAGAUGAAGAGGCUCAAUCGUGGAGUUCCUGUGGAGUUUGAUGGGUACAUGCGCGAGCUGGUUGACAGGGAGGUCUUCCUCAAGGGGAAGAAGAGGGUUGAGGUGCUCCGCUAAUUUCUUCUCUGGCAUAAGGUGUUGGUGCUUUUCUCAAGUGAGUCUUGUAUAGAUCGUGUCUGAAUUUUGUUGUCAGGUUCACCUAUGGAUGAUUCAGUCAGUAUCACUUUUGAGGAAAUUUUGGUAACCCUCAAUGUAUAGCUUGAUGCUCCUAAGGGUACUAGUUCUGUUCAAUAGAUUAGUUUCUUAGCACUACUCACUGCUCUUUUCCUGUAAGGAAUAUUCUGCUAUUUCACGUUAUGAUAUCCUUUUGGCUAUUUAGUUCA